GAAAGGGGUCUGCUUCAGUGCAGACUUUGGGUCCAGGACGAAUCUUGGAUGACCUCUCAGCUGCUACUUCGGAGGACAAGGUCACUGCUCAAGACCUCGUCUCGACUUGCCCGUUCGUCGCGCAAGUCGGCAAGGAUCCGGAUUCCCGGAAAGGAUGCUUUGCCUCGGACCACUCGUGUAUACAAGCGUUCCUCCUCUUCGUCUACUACGCCGCCAACUACCACGACUGACUCAGAUGUCCAAGCAGUGAAAGCAGAUUCCCAGUCUGCAAGUCCUGAUGUACCCCCGGAGGCUCCUGCAGAGGAGCCCGAGCCUGAGAAGGUCCGGCGCACGAGGACCAGGACCACAACUACAGCUAGCAAGGAGCCAGAGUCUGCCCCCGCACUCCCAUCUGGCCUGGAUAUAAUCUGGGCUCCCGAGUCCGAACCUGAGAGCUCAAAUCCCAAUGCGAUACCGCCGCCAGCUAUCCUAGACGAAGCCUUGAAUAACCUGCAUGUUACGCUGCAUCCUCAGACACAGCAUAGAUCUGUGUACCCCUCGGCACAAGGACCUCCCAUCGAGCCGACUUUGGCCCUAUAUUGUCCCAUAGAAGGAGGGGACUAUAUUAUUGACGAGACUGUCAGAGAGUUGGCGCGCCGGACGGGCUCAGAAGUCCUCGUACUCGACUCGGUACAAAUUGCCGCUGGCGAAUGCGGGCAGUUCGGGAAAGCUGCAAACGCGAUUUCCUUACCUCGAAACCCACUGCAUGUCACUUCGUCUACUCCCUUAUCCCAGCCUCCUCGACGUAUAGAGGAUGAAGAGGACGACGAUGAUAUGCCUGGUUUCUCUAUACCUUCGCAGAUGACUCUGCACGUACUUGCGCCUAUGCGAACAUCAAGAACUAUCUUUGCCUCCGGUUCUGGUACCAAAGGUAGUCCCACAGCGAAAGCCAAGGCCUUCUUCGAUGAACUCAUUAAUAUCCCGUCCCCCGCAAACGCGUCGGGAGCAACUCCGCUUCGCAGGCCAAGGAUCAUCUUUGUCCGUGACUUUGGAACUCUUGCGUCGACAUCGUCUAGCUGGUACCCUUCGCUUUUGCAAGCUGUGCGUCAAAGACGGCAGGGCCCGAUUUCGAGGCCCACUUCGCCCGUGGUGAAUCCGAUGACCAUUGUCUUUGGGAUUACGCCUCCUAUCGUGCCUCCUACCUCGUCAUUAUCGAGUUCAGGCCACGGUGGGUACAGCGUGAUGAACAUGCUCACGGGCGGUCGCUCAUCUGCGUCGGUCGCCCCUGCCAAGUCUGGUAAGACAGAGUCUCACGAAGAUGAAAUUGCCGACAAGCUGCGUGAGAAGCGGCUGCGGAGACGUCUGAAGAAAUGGGAGAAAGGGGAUGCUGCUCUGCAGGACGAGCUGCCCAAGCUGUCUCUCCAAUCCACGGACGAAGGUGAAGACCGAGGUAGUUCCAGCGGACGGCCGGAGGUUGUGUUCUUGAAUGGAGCCGGGGGCACUUCUAUCCAGUCGGGUCUUAACCCGUUCUUCGGAGGAGGCGGUCCUUCAAGCAACAAGUCCUCUGGCUCAUCCGAUGCCGACGCAAAUUCCCGCUUCUUUAGGACUUCGGUCGUUGUCCCGAGCGUACGAUCGCUUUCGCAUGAGCGGGAAUGUAGGAUAUCACGGCGGAGACAAAUCAAUGAGCUGAUCAUGCGAAUGGGAGUCAGCACAGUUGGUGGAAUUCUUCCUGAACUUGAAGAAGUUCCUCAGGUCUCUGAAGACAAAGUCGAGCCUACUGAAGAGAAAAAAGAGGGCCCCGCCACCGAACUGAGUGAUGCUGCAAAGUUGUGGCACGAGUGGGGAAACAGAAUCGAGAUAUGGAGAGACAUCCUGCAUGUCGCUGACCGAGCCGUCGGGGCUGUGAUCAGCGAGAACAUGAGGGCUGGAACACUACCUACUACCCUCGAUCCUACUCCUAUCCCUUGGGAAACUGUCUUCCAGGCUUGGGCUAGCCAUAGGUCAGGCCAUGAAGUGCGGAAACUAUGGGCCAAGGAAAGCUUGCAGAAGGUCGCCCGGGAGGAAGAAGAGGAAGUUGAGGAUGAAGACAAUGAUAUGGAGGCCGACGAAGUUGUCGAAAGGAUCAAACGGGACAACGACCUUGAUCAUCAUGAGCGGCGACUCUUGGGUUGUAUCGUGGAUUCAGCGUCUAUGCCGACAUCGUUUGAACAGGUGCACUUACCGCCAAAUACAAUUGACGCUGUGCGAACGAUCGUAUCCCUGCCAAUUCUGCAUCCAAUGGCUUUCCAGCAUGGUAUCCUUAAGGAUCACAGUAUGACUGGGUGUCUAUUAUUUGGUCCCCCGGGAACCGGUAAGACCCUGGUCGUUCGUGCCCUCGCUAAAGAAGCUGGCUGCCGGAUGCUUGCUAUCUCUCCUUCGGACGUGAUGGAUAUGUACGUCGGUGAGGGCGAGAAGCUUGUCAAAGCCGUGUUCUCCCUUGCCCGGCGCCUCGCGCCUUGUGUCGUCUUCCUGGAUGAGCUCGAUGCCCUCUUCGGUGCUAGAUCAUCAGCACGAGAGACUGGAGGUGCUAUUGCACAUCGCAGUGUAAUCACGGAGUUCAUGCAGGAAAUGGACGGUCUCCGGUCGUCCAAGGAUGACAACGUUAUUGUCAUCGGCGCAACAAAUAGACCAUUUGACCUGGACGAUGCUGUACUCCGAAGGUUGCCUCGCCGAUUGCUCAUAGAUCUGCCAGGAGAGAGGGAGAGAGAGGAGAUUCUCAAGAUCCAUCUCCGUGGUGAGACAUUAGGCAAUGAGGUAGAUCUAAAAGCUCUCGCCAAAAAGACAGAGAACUUCUCUGGGUCCGACUUGAAGCACCUUUGUGUGGCUGCCGCAUUGGAUGCUGUAAAGGAGAAAGUCGAAGUCCCUUGGAAGGUGGCUUCAUCCAGCGCCCCAUCUCCUGCAGAGUCAAGCGAGUCCACUAGCUCCUUAUCCAGCGCCCCAGAACAAACCCAGGAUAAGCCCGCUGACCAGGGGACAUCUCAGGCAGCGGCGGACGCCGACAAGUCAUCCCUGCCCGACCCGUCCGAGUACUCGCGCGUCCUCCACUGGCACAACUUCACUAAAGCGUUGACGGAGAUCGUGCCGUCCUCGUCGGAGACGCUCGGCAGCCUCGCGGACCUGCGCAAGUGGAACGAGGAGUUCGGGGAGGGCCGGAAGGGGAAGCGCAAGACGGUCGUCUGGGGGAAGGGCAAGUUUGGGUUCACGGACCAGGGGAGUAAGAUUGGGGAGGAGGUGCGCAUAUCGGCGGCGCAGUCGGCGGGGCCAGUUGAUGUGCCUGUGGAGCGGUAGUUUCGCGUGCUUGUCGAUUGCUGCUCUUUCGAGGAUCAAUAACAUUGCCUGUGCUUUAUGCAAGGCCUGUUACCGAAGACCCAUCUGCUCCGGGAUGUGGACGAUAGAGAUAUUUGAUCUGCAUUGUACAAUCUAGAUUCCUACAUUGACGUGGAUGGACUGCAGAAACCGGCAGCACUGAAUUAUGAAGAAUAGGUCUAGUGUUCCUUCAGCGACUUCAUCCAAAAAUCCAAGAGUACAAGGUUUAUCGUGAGUUGCGAGUAAAAGUACCCCUCAGCAAGUCCCGUUAUAAUAAGUAUAAAUGGUAUAUGAGUGUUCCUUUUGAGAGCGUGCGUGGCUUCAAUGCUAUGGCGCCUUGGUCGUAUCAAAGCCCACGACGAAACUCCUCCACACCAGGCCAACCGCCCAAACCCGGUUCAUGACCUUCCUCCGCCACCAGCUGCUCCAAAGCGGAUCACUGCUCUCCCCGCGCUCCUGCACACCACCCUGCUCAACUACGCCUUCCUCGUCCACGAGCGCCUCCUCCUCGCGGAACCACACGCCGCCCUCUUGCGCCCACGCGUCGCGGAAGUACGCGAUCAUCGCGUCG